GAAGUCUGUUGGCCUUGGCCGAUGCAGCUUUUCACAGGCCCUCGCAGAUGCUGCAGAGCAGGAAAGAACAUUGGCUUCGGCAGAAGCACCCAAAGCACUUCUUCCGUUCGGUGCCGGCUGUACUGCGAUCUUUGCUGCAGUGUGCGUGACCUUGAAAAUCUUCGAGGAGGAUCCGGCAAAUCAAGCAACCGCCGCCGCUGUGGGCUCCGGGUGGAACACUAGAACGGACGGAUUCGCAGCCCUCCUGGACGUAUUUUUUGCAUUCGCAUCAGUUUUUGGGGCCAUGGCGACGAACGACCAAGCCUUGUUGGUGAUAUCGAAGCUGCGACCUCAACUACGCAAUCUGCAGCAGGAGGAAGACGAGGUGGAUGGAGAGCCGAUAGAAAUCGAAGAUGGCGACGUGGAGGUCGGCAGGAGGGCGCGAGCAGCACUGGGGAUUCUGAGCUUCACGGCUUGCUUUCUUCCACUCACCUGGUUCGAGACCGGAUUUCCGGCAGCAACGUUAACAGGAAUCCCCUCAGAUGAGAUGGCAGUGAUCGUGUCUGCCAGUGCCGCAGCACAAGCAGCAUUCAGCUUCCUUAUUGCCGAGAAGUUUUUCGCCGAUGCCGAGCGUAGGGUCGCAGCACAGUCUCGACAAGCAGCCCUGUCCGAACUAUUCUUCGCGCAGGCCCAAGCAGACUCGGCCAUCCUGGGCGCCAACAGUGCCAUAAGUGCGACGAGCCUUGGCUUCGCAUCCACAGCGGCUGAAUUCUCCAGAGCAUCUUCGGCCCUAUCGCUGUGGCCAGCAGUUCUCAGCACGGUCCGUUCGACCGCCAGUUCCCUGACGUCUCGGGCUGAAGCAGACGCAGCGUGGCUUGAAAAUCAGGCUUCGCAGCGCAUCUUGGCAGGAGCAUCGGUUAGCAUGGAUGGAGCAGACACGGUGUCUGCAACAGUGCGUGAGCUCCGGCAGCUGCAACGCGAUUUUUCACUGGAUGACUUCACAGAAACUGUGCGCGCCGAGCUUCGAAGUCUCGAUCCCAAUUGCAUGAAGGACUUUCGAGGCCUCGCUGCCGAGCAGCGUCGAAAAGUGCAUUUAGUGGCAGCCGAGCUUGGAAUGCUUUCGCAGUCCUACGGGCUGUCUAGGCCGGGGACCCGGUCGCGCAGCGUCCGGGUGACCAACAUCUUAUCCAGUCGGGGAGCGCUUGCAGACAAUGCUCCGUCUGAUGACGGAUUUCUCAGCGACCUCCAGACAAUUGUGCGGGAUCUGAAAGCCGAAGCAUUGCAGAUCGAGAGAAGUCUGAGGCAACGAGGACAAACACAGAACGCCCUGGUUGCUGCGCUUGUUGCUUUGAGCACGGCCUCGCCAUGGUUACUGGGAAGCAGCGCAGCGGAAUUAUACCUGCCGUUGGCCACUGGAACUGUUGGGCUCUGCACGGCAUGGCAAGAAACCGCAGGGAAGGGCGCCGUUGCAACUGCGAAGAGGCAGAGUGCAUUUCUGUUGACUCGGGAGGCUCGGGCCGAGCUUUUCUUUGGUCGAGCGCAACUUGCGUAUGCACCUUUCCCCACCGACUUGGCCAUCGCAACCCUUGCAACAACGGCUUCGGUGUUGUCCGUAGAAUUCGCUGGCAAUAUCUUGAGACUGACGGCCUUGUCGAUGGUCAUUCCUGCAAUGGCAGCAUGCUCCAUAGCAAUGCAUCGGCGGCACAAGGUGGAGAGGUUUGCAGCGGCAAGUAUGAGAUGUGUGGAUGCCAAGCCGAUGCGAUCCCGUCGCUCGUACUGGAAACGGAGAUGGUGGCUUUUGCCUACAGUUUGUGGUCUGUUUUUUCCUUGCGACACCGCUGGCAGUGUGACGAUUGCUUGUGCCAUGCUGUCGGCGGAGAUUGCGCUAGCAAUGGCCGAGAGCUUGUCCUACCUGGCCGAUGCUGAAGGCAGCGUCGCCAGGGCCAGCCGUGCAGUGGCUACCGCCGAAGCCUGGUCGCAGCUUGCCCAGUUCUCGGUCCGGGCGCUGCCGGCACGCACCUCCGUGGCCGUGGCAGCUGAGCUCAGGCGGAUCUCACGACAGUGUGCCAAUCUGUUUUUGACACAGACUGAGGUUGCGACACUAGUUGCAACUGCAUUGGUCGAGUUCUCCUUGCCUUUGUGUGCGCUAUUUCCUGUGCUGGGUGCUGCAGUUCUUGUACGCUCAGUUCAACUGAACAGGCAAGCCCAAACGGCCGCAGAGAAGUUGGAGCAGGAGUUCACGGACAUGCAGAAGUUGAUGAAGGCAGAGCCGUGGACGAGACUGCGACGACUCUCCGGCCAAAGCAGCCGCAUGAUUUUGAAAGAGCUGCCGGUGUCCAGGUGGAGGUUCGAUCCUAGCAUCUUGACUGGUAUCAACUUGAACAACCAAAUCCGGCGAGGCUUUAUCAGGCUGAAAAAUCUUUGGGAGGAUCGAGGGCCGGCUGAGGCUUACAAGCAAGCACCAGCCGAGCAGGCGGUCCAAAGUGUUCAGCGAAACCUCCAAGAGUUUCGCACACUGACGAGGUUCAACUCCAGGACUUGGUUCCGCACCCUGUCCGUUGUGGGCCUUGUUGCCGUGGCUUCAGUGCUGCAGCCGUGGUUUCUGUUCUCCAGCAGCGAGGUUGUGUUGCCUGUGUCUGGCGCUCUCUUGACUAUAUUCGUUGCGGCUUCCGAAAGUGAGGCUCGUCGAAGUGUAUCUGCUGCCAAAGUAAAGGCAGCAGACAUCAAGGCUGCCACCAGUAUCCUGGAGGAGCUGUCAGCAUCCGCCAUGCAAUUUCGAUCGCGACUGAUCGCUUGGGCCGGAGUCACCGCUGCGACCUGUGUUCUGUCGGUCAUCUCCGUCAGGCACUGGCCUCUUGCAGCCAGGUUUCCAUGGCUUGAGGUGGCUCAGCAUUGCUGGAGGCUCCUCUUGGUGAGCACACACAUAGGUGCUGCUAUUGCCAGCGUCUUGCCUGCCAAAGCAGUUUUUCUUUGGACAUCGCAGGUGAAGCGGGAUCUGCCGGCCGCCAGGUCGGCGCUUUCCCCACUGCCGUUGCAGCCUGGAGCAGUGUCUCGCGGCCAGCUUCCAAAGGGGAGCCGGUGGUUUGACUUGCUUCGUGGCACAUGGGUGUGGCAGCUUUUUGCAGCACUCCCUGGGGUUGCUUUGACUUUUUACCCAUCUUGCAGGAGCUUCGAGGAGAGGACAGUGGCAUCAACAGCUGCCAGCAGCUUUGUAGUCGCCACCAUGCUGUGUUUGGCCGAACGGGCACUCUACCGAGCGGAGCUUUUCAUAGCCGGGAGGCGAAUAACCUUUGCCCUGACAGAUACUUUGGCAAACGAGGCAGAACAACAAAGCGCCUUGUUGCCAGUGGCCACUGCAGCCACGAUAGCCGUGUCUGCCGCGGUGACAUUUGGUGUCGAGCUGAACCCCUUUGCCGCUUCUGCAUUGGCCCUCGUGCAGGCAAUCACUUGGGUUUUGGCAUCCCGCAAAGCAUUGGAAGCCAAGUUCGGAAGCGACGCGGCAGUGCAGGCAGGUGGCCACGGUCACCGAGGGCCGCCUUUUAGCUCGGCCGGGCCGGCUUCCCGACCUACGGACGGAAGCUUCGCGGCGGAGAAUCGGCCAGUGGCGAAGCUUCAUGAGCAUGCUGGCAUAAG